GACGACUGCGACUCGCGGUAGUAGCACUCGAGACGUCGCCGUAAACCGCUCCGCACCCGCGAGGACACGCUCGCGUUCGCGCGCGAAUUUUUCUCGUCGCGCCCGCCCCACGCGCAAUAGGCACAACUGCAAUACUACGCGAUUAUUAUAACUUUUCGUUUUCCCGCUAACGACGGCCGUUGUGAAACGUUAUAAUUUAUAAUAAACGAAACCUUCGUGCAACCGAUCUACUUUAAUAAUAUAUUUUAUUAUAUUAUAUUGUACAUAAAUCGCGAUCGCUGCGAUCCGUUAUUAUACGCGUCCGCAGAGUGCGAAUUUCGUUUGAUCGAACGACGGUGACGACGCGACGGACGAAAAGUGAAUAAUAUUAUAAUAACAUCUGCGGUAGCGGCAGCGGCGUCGGAGACGUCGGCGUGAACUUCCGAUCUCACAGCAAUUGGCCACUGCAAUUAUUCAGAUCUAGCUGGUGAUUUUGACACACAAAAAUUAGCGUACGAGAAGCGGCAUCGGGGUUCGGUCGGAUGCGCGACGACUUUGAUCUUCAGCUGGUGCGGCAGCAGCAGCAGCAACAGCACCAACAGUUGCAACAGGAAGACGUGGUCGUCGCUGACGACGACGAUCAGCGGCGGAGGAGCAGACGGCGGAUGCACCAACAUCAGCAACACCACCACCAAAACCACGACGACGAAGACGGAGACGAAGACGACGACGACGAAGACGAAGACGACGGAGAAGACGCCACUGACGACGGUGACGGCGGCGGUGGCAGCAGCGGUGUCGGUGUCGACGGUGACGAUCACGACGGUAACCGCGGUCAAGGGCGGCGUGGCCGUGGUCAGCGGAACGCCGACGCCAGUCCACCGGACGCCAAUCGGCUGUUGAACGAUACGGACGAUACGGACGACGAAGCCGACGUGGUCGGCGGUGGCGUUGGUGCGAGUACGUGUGGUGACGCGACUGCCAACGUGACGGCCGACAGCACCGGCGACGGUGGCGUCGGCGGCGACGUGGAUGUGAACGACGACGACGACGAGGACAUGAUGAUGAUGAUAGAUUCGGGUAGACAGCCGGUGGCCAUCGGUGGCGGCGAGUCAUCUUCGCCACCGCCACAAACGUCAGCCACGCUUGGGUCGACCAAAGUCGAUCCGGCCACGACGUCCUCCUCAUCAUCUUCGACGCCUCCGCCGCCACCAGCGCCGACGUCCACUUCGACGGUGCCGAUGCCGUCCAUCACCACCAGCACCACGAGUACCACCGCUGAGGGCCAACAGGAUGAUUACGAUAUGACGACAACGGUUUCCGGUGUCGGCUACAGUGGCAUUGGCGACGGUUAUCCCUCUUCCGUGACGUCAGUGGGUCUCACCGACAUGAUAGGCGGCGUCGGCAAUCACCUCCAUCCACACCACCAUCACCACUUGCUCCUUUUACAUCACCAGCAGCAACAACAGCAACAGCAACAGCAGCAACAACAACAACAGCAACAGCAGCAACACCUCCAGCACUCACACCCGUCGCAACACCAGACCGGUGGAACAUCGGCCACCGGUUAUUACGGCACUGACGCGGUAGGCAGUCAACAUCACCACCCGUCAGUGGCGGCGGGCGGCGCUUUCACUACCACCACCACCGCUACUGCUUCACGAACAACAGCAGCAGCAAAUCGGUGGAGACUUGCAGUUGCAACUCCAGCUGCAUCACCAGCACCAGCACCAACAGCAACAGCAUCAGCACCAGCAGCACCCACAACUGAUGCAGCAGCACCAACAUCAGCAGCACCAGCAGCAACAACAGCAGCACGAAGACUUAUCCCGACAUCACCACCACCAUCAUCAUCCGCUGCAGCUGCAGCAACAGCAUCUCGUCGAUCACCAGCACCACCAUCACGAGCUCACCAGCGCCGCGGCACACCACCAUCUGCAACAGCAACAGCACCAGCAGCAGCACCACAGUUCACGGCCACGCAUCCACACCACCCGCAAUACCUACAGCAGCAACAACAGCGACAACAGUUCUCGCCGGCCACGGCUGCCACCACCGCAGCUGCCGCCCUCGCUCACCCGCACUAUCACCCGCAGCAGCAUCACCACCUACAACAUCAGCAACAUGGCGUCAGUGACGGUGCUGGUGCUGGUGACGACGACGAUGAUGAUGUAGUAACCGCCGCUGCCGCAACCGAUAACGGUGGAUAUCCGUCGUCGUCGUCAGCCAGGGAUGCUGCGGCCACGGCUGCCGCUUACGCUGCGGCGGCGGCGUUGUACGGUGCUGGAGCCAGUGGUCAGGGACACCACGGCGUCCACCACCAUGGUGGCCAUCACCAGCAGCCACAACAGCAGCACAUGUUACUGCCACCGGUUGUGCCGACCGCGUCUCACCAGCAACACGGUAUGCAGCAACAGCACCACCAUCAGAUGAUGGUGCUCGGCGGCGGCGGCGUUCCUUCGUUAACAGCUCCACCGGCGUCCGAUAGUCCUCCUACACCCGCCUUGAUGCAACUGAGAGCGGCGGCGAGCGCAGCUGCUGCCGUGGUGGUAGAUCCUACCGCGGGGGCGGUGUUGUCUUCGCCGUCAGCUGUCAAGUCCAGGCGGACGGCAUCAUCGGUGGCCAUAAACGACGCCGUCAGUGGUGGCGGGGGCGGUGGAACAACCGGUCGUUGCGGCGGUGGUCGGGGCCGGGGUCGGAGAGCGGCCGCGGCCACAGCGGCUGGCGGCCUUUCAGCUGCGGCCGCAGCAGCGCUACAGGAACAGCAACAGCAGCAGCAGCCGUUAAUAUUGCACCCACACCACACGCACCCACAUCACCACCCACACAUGCAACAGCAGCAAUUCGGAAGCGGUGGCCCUCCAGUCGGGUCGGCGUCUGCGACGGCGGCGGCGGUGGCUGUGGUGACCACGGAACAGCAGCAGAGCCCGCCACUGGACAGGGUGUUCGUAUGGGACCUAGACGAAACCAUCAUCGUGUUCAACUCGUUGUUAACGGGUGGAUACGCAGUAGCUCAUGGCAAGGACCAGCGAGUCAUGCAACAGCUUGGGUACCGUAUGGAGGAGAUGAUAUUCACGUUGGCUGACCAGAAUUUCUUUUUCAACGAAAUCGAGGAGUGUGGCGGCGGUGACCAGGCUCAGCACAUCGACGACGCCGCGUCCGACGACAACGGUCAGGACCUGUCUGGCUACGACUUUGGCGCCGAUGGGUUUUCCGCGUCCACGGCCUCCACCCAACACCACCAGCACCACUUCAUCAACCAGCACCACUUCAACAGCACCGGCGCCAAUGCGGGCAACAACCACCAGCAGCACCUGCAGUACCACCAGCAGCAGCACCCCCCGCAGCAGCAGCACCCCCCGCAGCAGCAGCACCACCACCAGCACCAGCAGUACCAGCAGCAGGCGUACCAGCACCAGCAGCCGCAGCAACACCACCACUUGAUGAGUGCCGGCGGCGGGGGCGCGUCCGUCGCCAAUCCGUCGUCCGCGGGUGGUCUGAGGAGUGGUGGUGGUGGUCUGAGGGGCGGUGCCGGAGGUGGAGGUUCCAGCAGCGGUGGUGGCGUAGACUGGAUGAGGAAGUUGGCGUUCCGGUACCGGCGGGUCAAAGAGUUGUACAACCAGUACCGGAACUCAGUCGGAGGACUGCUGGGACCCGGAAAACGAGACGCUUGGCUUCAACUCCGGAGCGACAUCGAAUUGCACACCGACGACUGGCUCACGAUGGCUGUCAAAUGUUUGAACGUCAUCAAUUCGAGGCCCAACUGCGUCAACGUGCUGGUCACCACAACACACCUAAUACCGGCGCUGGCCAAGCUGCUCCUGUACGGUCUUGGGCCACACUUUGCAGUAGAAAACGUGUACUCGGCUUCCGGUGGCGGUGGAGGUCCAUCGACGGGUGGUGGCAAGUCCGGUGGUGGAGGCGGAACUGUGGGGUCCGCAGCAUCGGGCGGAUCGUCGAAGGAAUCGUGUUUCGAUCGGGUGGUUCAAAGGUACGGCAGAAAGUGCACAUACGUGGUGAUCGGUGACGGGGCCGAAGAGGAACGGGCCGCCCGACAGAUGAACUUUCCGUUUUGGCGGGUGUCUGGGCACAGUGACCUCCGGGCCCUGUACAACGCUCUCGACAUGGGAUUCCUCUAAGUCGACCAGCCCGAAUCAGCAACAUCCACAAUUACGAAAUCGGCAGCAUCAGCAGUGGCAUCAGUGGCAGCAGCAUUGACAGUGAUAUCGUAGUCACAGUCGUCGUCGUGUAUUAUACCAUUGAGUAUAUUAUUAAUUUAUAUUCAAUGAUAAUAAAAUGAUAAAAUAUGUGUGAUUCGACACAGUGAUGACGUUAUAAUAAUCGUAAUUUUUAUAUAUUUUAGUAGUAUAAGUAGUAUAUUGAAUAAUAUUGUCGCUUGUAUAUAAUAAUAUAAUAUAAUAUAAGUCACACUAGUAUCGCGACAACGACAGCGUCGUGUACAUAAUAUUAUAUUAGACGCGUCGUCGCAAAUAAUUAUAUUAUGUUUUAAUGUUUUGUAUAUAAUUACGUUUUAUUAUUAUAUGUAUUUUAAAUUUUUUUCCGGUGUGCUCGUGAGUUUGUAUAUUUUGUCCUCAACGUGUAAUAUUAUAUUAUAUAUAUACAGUAUACACACAUAUAUAUAUAAUUACACUGUAUUGCUUGAAGUUUAUUGUACUGCCUCGUAGUUGUAUUUCUCGUGAAAUCGUGUCCGCUCUCUUUUCCCAAACGCAGACGAUUAUAAUAAUAUUAUAACAUACAAACUUUAUGUAAAUAUAAAACUUGUAUUCGUUGUCCUGUAUAUAUAAAAUAUUGACUCAUAGCCGCAAAUAGUGAGGCCCCUGUUGUCCUUCUCAGGUACUCCACUUAGGGCCGAGGGGGGACUAAAACCCCCACUAACCGUUGUAUAGCGACCUGAAGAUUUUACGACACAAUGGAAUAUUAUUUGAAAAAAUCUUAGUCUCUACAUCAAAUCUUCUGCACCCCCAAAUCUCAAACACUAUUUGCGCCUAUGUUUAUAGUACCUAUAUAUAGUAUAAUAUUGUACAUUGUGUAUUUUUUUUUCAUAUUUUAUUCCCAUGGCUAUGUUUAUGUUGUAUAUAAUAUAUUAUUGUACUGGCCGCCGUACACUUUUUAAAUAUCGCACCAUUGUAGAUAUUUGUAUCAAUCAUGAUAUUGUGAUAAUGAAAUAAUGACAGUUUUUCAGGUAACACUAAAUUUCUCAACCGGAUUACGUUGGAUUUAAUUUCAGACUUUGUUGAUAAGCUAAGUAAAGUUACUUGUAAGCUAUAGAAUACCAUAGGAACAUGUUAACUGUUAAACUCUCUCGGAAGUGCACGCUCUGUAAAACCAGUAUUUUUUUUAAUAACAACACCUAUUUUUCGAUACAUCUCAAGAUUGAAUUAUUAUUAUUGUUAUUUAAUAUCAAACCGCAGUUCUUGAAAUAAAAUAUUUUAUACUAUAAGUAAAAUAAUAUUUAAUUCUGUGGUGCUAUAGACACACAUACGUGUCCUAUCCGAGAAGUUAUCGACUAAAAAUAUAUUAUAGUAUAUAGGUAUAUAAAAAAAUACAAUUCUACUACAGCGCAGUAGUGUAUACUGGAUAAAACGAAUUCCGUAGGUAGUGAAAGGGUUACAACAUCUUAAAAAUAUGUUUUAUCUUAAAAUAUUAAAAUUACGUUGUAUUCGCAUGUGUUGUCUCCCUCUUACAUACGUACGACCUGUUAUACAAUUUAAACGUUAGAUUAUUAUCUUGGGUCCUACAUAACUAUAAGCUUUUAUUGAUGUUAUUAUAUUUAAGUAAGUUAUGAUCAUUUUAAAAUGUAAGUUUCAAGAAGGUCAUAACUUUAAAUAUUAUUGAAUAUAAUACAGCACACAAUUGAAACUGGUGAAUGAACAUUUACCAUGUUGUACGUGUGUAAGACGGAGACAACAGAGCGGGUACGACGGCCUCUUAAAUAAAUCCAAUAAUGAUAAGAUUUAAACAUUUUAAUAAAUCGAGCAAUUUUUUUUAAUUGUAGACCGAUAUUUUAGUCGAUAUGACUAAAAAACAGGCUUACCCAAAUAUAGUACGAAAAAAUGGUGUAGUUAUUAAAUAAAAUAAAAAUAAAUACUAGUUAUACUGCGAAUGCGUGGUACUUAUAAUAUUAUAAUAAUAUGAACUUCAGUAUGUAAGUACCCUCUUAAUUUGUCAGAAAAACUAACCUAACCUAUGUAAUUCAAGUAUCCAACGUAAUCGGGAAAUUAAGUGUUAGAUGAGAAUAUUGCUCUAUAUUAUCUUUUACUGGCUGAAGUAUGGUUAUUUUGACUUAACGCAUAAUAAUGAUGAUCCUGAGCGUAGUCGGAUGACGAAUGCAAAGGCUGAGUGGGUUGCUUUAAUCGAAAUUAGUAUACCUUUAAGAUUCAUUUAAUUUUUAUCAAGGAAAAUGCUACUAUUUAAUAUUGUUAAAAAAUAAAAAAAGUUUGUUAUUCAA